GUUGGCGGCGGCGGUGGGGCGGGGCCUGGGCUGUCAGCCGGCCUAGGAGGAGGAAGGAGCCCGCAGCGUGCGGUGUGAGGGGCGGGACCCGGCUGCCUGCGGAGGGCCUAGCUGGGGGAGGCCGGGCCAUGCUGGUGGGCCAGGGCGCGGGGCCGCCGGGGCCCGCGGUGGUCGCCGCCGCGGUAGUGCUGCUGCUGAGCGGCUUGAGGCCGGCGCACGGCUCGAAGGACAUCGUGGUGGGCUGUGGUGGCUUCGUCAAGUCGGACGUGGAGAUCAACUACUCGCUCAUCGAGAUAAAGCUGUACACCAAGCAUCGGACUUUGAAAUACCAGACAGACUGUGCCCCUAAUAAUGGUUACUUUAUGAUCCCUUUGUAUGAUAAGGGGGAUUUCAUUCUGAAGAUUGAUCCUCCCCUAGGGUGGAGUUUUGUGACCAGAAGCAAGUGUGAGGGGUGCUUCUGGCUUGCUGGUGCUAUUCUGUUGGGUAACCAGUACCCAAUUUGUGACAAGCCCUGUGCUGCAAGCACGACAGUGUGUGUAACCAACUCCAAUGCCAAUGCAGCCAGUCCCCUCAUAGUUGCUGGCUACAAUGUGUCUGGCUCUGUCCGAAGUGAUGGGGAGCCCACGAAAGGGGUGAAGUUUCUUCUCUUUUCUUCUUUAGUAACUAAAGAGGAUGUCCUGGGCUGCAAUAUCUCACCAGUGCCUGGGUUCCAGCCCCAAGACGAGAGUCUGGUGUAUUUGUGCUACACGGUCUCCAGAGAAGAUGGCUCAUUCUCCUUCUAUUCAUUGCCAAGUGGGGGCUACCCUGUGAUUCCAUUCUAUCGAGGGGAGAGGAUUACCUUUGAUGUGGCACCUUCCAGACUUGACUUGACGGUGGAACAUGACAGCCUGAAAAUCGAGCCCGUGUUCCACGUCAUGGGAUUCUCCGUCACCGGGAGGGUCUUGAACGGACCCGAAGGAGAUGGUGUUCCAGAAGCAGUAGUCACUUUGAAUAACCAAAUCAAAGUGAAAACAAAAGCUGAUGGCUCAUUCCGCCUUGAGAACAUAACCACAGGGACAUACACCAUCCAUGCUCAGAAAGAGCACCUCUACUUUGAAACGGUCACCAUCAAAAUUGCACUGAACACACCUCAGCUGGCUGACAUUAUUGCAACAGGGUUCAGUGUCUGUGGUCAGAUAUCAAUCAUUUGCUUCCCCGACACCGUCAAGCAGAUGAGUAAAUACAAAGUUGUCCUUCAAGACAAGGACAAGUCUUUGGUCACCGUGGAGACGGAUGCUCAUGGAUCAUUUUGUUUUAAAGCAAAACCAGGGACUUACAAAGUUCAGGUGAUGGUUCGUGAGGCAGAGACCAGAGCAGGGCUGACAUUGAAACCCCAGAUGUUUCCUCUUACUGUGACCGACAGGCCCGUGAUGGAUGUGGCCUUUGUACAGUUCUUGGCAUCAGUUUCUGGGAGAGUCUCUUGUUUGGAUAAGAUAUCACUGGAAAACACCUGCAGUGACUUGCUGGUGACUCUACAGUCCCUGAGCCGCCAGGGUGAGAAGCGGAGCCUCCAGCUCUCCGGCAAGGUCAACUCCGUGACUUUCACCUUUGACAAUGUGCUCCCUGGAAAAUACAAAAUAAGCAUCAUGCAUGAGGAUUGGUGCUGGAAGAUCAAGAGCCUGGAGAUGGAAGUGCUAGAGGAUGACGUGUCUGCAGUUGAGUUCAGGCAGACGGGCUGCAUACUGAGAUGUUCCCUGUCUCACGCCAUCACUCUGGAGUUUUAUCAGGAUGGAAAUGGAUGUGAGAAUGUGGGGAUUUAUAACCUCUCCAAAGGAGUCAACCGAUUCUGCCUGUCCAAGCCUGGUGUGUACAAAGUGACCCCUCGCUCCUGCCACCGGUUUGAGCAAGCGUUCUACACCUAUGACACGUCUUCACCUAGUAUCUUGACAUUGACAGCCAUUCGCCACCAUGUCCUUGGAACUAUCACCACCGACAAAAUGAUGGAUGUCACUGUGACUAUCAAGUUGUCCAUCGACAGUGAACCCGCCUUGGUCUUAGGCCCUCUGAAGUCUGUGCAGGAGCUGCGGAGGGAGCAGCAGCUGGCUGAGAUCGAGGCCCGCAGGCAGGAGAGGGAGAAGAACAGCAAAGAGGAAGGCGAAGAAAGAAUGACCAAGCCUCCCGUGCAGGAGAUGGUAGAUGAGUUACAAGGCCCCUUCUCGUAUGAUUUCUCUUACUGGGCACGGUCUGGAGAGAAAAUCACUGUUACACCAUCAUCUAAAGAGCUGCUCUUUUAUCCCCCUUCAAUGGAAGCCGUUGUCAGUGGAGAAAGCUGCCCAGGGAAGCUGAUCGAGAUCCAUGGGAAGGCAGGCCUGUUUUUAGAAGGCCAGAUCCACCCGGAGUUGGAAGGAGUCGAGAUUGUCAUCAGUGAAAAGGGGGCAAGUUCACCCCUGAUCACAGUCUUUACUGAUGACAAAGGUGCCUACAGUGUUGGCCCCCUGCACAGUGACCUGGAGUACAUGGUGACCGCACAGAAGGAGGGCUAUGUUCUGACUGUGGUGGAAGGAACCAUCGGAGACUUCAAGGCCUAUGCCCUGGCAGGUGUAAGCUUUGAGAUAAAAGCUGAGGAUGACCAGCCCCUCCCGGGAGUCCUCUUAUCCCUGAGCGGUGGCCUGUUUUGUUCCAACCUCUUGACCCAGGACAACGGCAUUCUGACAUUCUCAAACCUGAUCCAUGUUCCUGGGAAGACAAUCAAAGCUUCAGGUGCAUUUGGCUACCUCAUGGGCCGUUUGAACAUUUCAGUUGUCAAUUGUCAUUUUCAAUGCAUGUUUUCUGGUUGCUUUCCCAUGCAAGAGGGCUGACAUCACAACAGUAGAUCAUUAUGGUACAGUGUAUUUUCACUAGGUACUGAAAGCUUUUUAUGGCUCACUGACUGGGGACAGUCAAUUCCUUCACAAUCUAGAACAUGAAAAUUGGAUCUUCUGAGAACAUCAGAGAAAGAAUGUCCUUGGCAUCCACACUACAGCAAAACAUCAGGACCUUGAACUUUGGGUUCAUAAUCUCACAAGAGGGAAGUUUUUUGCUGGAAGAAGAUGGCAUCCUUGAUGUGAACAGCUUUUCCCAAGAUCACAGAUCAAGACUUCUCGUUUUUUUUUUUUUUUUUUUUUUGAGACAGUCUUGGUCUUGUCGCUCAGGUUGGAGUGGAAUAGCGUGAUCUUGACUCACUGCAACCUCCGCCUCCUGGGUUCAAGUAAUUCUCCUGACUCAGCCUCCCGAGUAGCUGGGAUUACAGGCGCCCACCACCAUGCCCGGCUAAUUUUUUUGUAUUUUUAGUGGAGACAGGGUUUCACCAUGUUGGCCAGGCUGGUCUCGAACUCCUGACCUCAGGUGAUCGCCAGCCUCGGCCUUCCAAAGUGCUGGGAUUACAGGCGUGAGCCACCUCGCGCCUGGCCAAAUGAAAUAAAAUGUUAAAGUAAA